GAGAAGCCGGAGCGAGGAUGAAGAGCUGCUGGGCGCUCGUGUUGCUGGUGGGAUGCAUGGCCUCCGCGGCCACUGCACAGUCUCAGCUGAACUUCAACGAGGCCGUUUCCCUGGCCGUUGACUUCUACAACCGAGGGCUGGCCGUGAACAACACCUUCCAGCUCCUCCGAACUGCCCCCAGCGGUGACGUGGUCUCCAGCCCGUUUGAGUUUCGGCGGCUGAAUUUCACCAUCAUGGAGACCACGUGUCCUGUUGGGGGCCAACCCACUCAAGGGCCAUGCCAGUUCAAAGAAAACGGGCUGGUCAGAGCAUGCGUGGGCUUCUUCUCCGCCCAGCAAGUGGCUCCUCUCAUCGUGGUCACCUGUGAGGAGGCCCCCUCGGAGCCUGUCCGGGUCACCCGAUGGCUUUGGCUUCUGAGAGGAGGUCUAAAAGCGGCUGGCUGGGGCAUUCGGGCUCACCUCAACAGGAACCA